AACACAGAGCACGAGCCGGACAAGUUAAAGUUAACAAAUUCUGUUUAUUUAUAAGUAAAAAUCAAAUGCGACACGCACAAUUUCUGGCCCGCACUGUUAUGGUGCAAAACAACAACGUAGAGGAGGCAUGCCGCCUACUUAAUCGUGUGCUUGGCAAAGAGGAAAUAUUCGAUCAAUUUCGACGCACGCGAUUCUAUGAAAAACCCUUCCAGGUUCGGCGCCGUGUCAAUUUUGAGAAAUGUAAAGCCAUAUACAACGAGGAUAUGAAUCGUAAAAUUCAAUUCGUCCUUCGAAAGAAUCGCACUGAACCAUUUCCUGGCUGCAGCUAGAAGUCUUAAAUGCAAUAAAAUAAAAUAAAACAUUCAAAAA